AUGCAGUAUGAGUCUCUUGGACGUCUGGGCAGCCAGGCAGAACGAGUGCUUCUGUAUCCUUCGCACUGGGACCUGGAGGGCAGUUCUACAGAAGGCAAACUGCUGCUCAAAGCGCAAACCGAGUAUCAUGUCAAGCUUAUACCCAUUGAAGUUCAGACCAGGAAAAACGGCGAUGUGGCAUGGCCAGACAGGUUUAUCAAGCUGCAGGCGUUUAAUCUAACCCAGUACAACCGCAACAUGGACGAAAUAUUCCAGCUCCCGGAAUAUCCGUUCGCAUCUCCCCGCGCCUACUGGCUGGAAUUUGGAAAGCGCCCGCUGACCUCAUCCUUCAUGCUCGUGAAACCUUCGGAGAGCGAGUUCAAUCGCGUGUGGGAGGCGAUCCAACAGGCUGGCAACGCCGACUCCGACACGAAGAUCCUGAACGACCUCUACCAUGAUUCCGCGAUCGUCAUCCCGCAUCGUCCGUACCACCUCCUGACCGGGGAGUUUCGAGCCAAAGACCAUGCGAAUUAUCUGGGAAGUCCCCACGCGACUUGGGAUCCCGAUGUGAUCUUGCAGGACGCGAAGUAUCUACAAUUCUCCGACGCGCCCGUGUCGAAACCCUGGAUUAAGACCCCAGCGGCGGUGAUGGAGAAGACACAACCGGAUUGUGAAGUGGAUACUGAGACGGGUAUUGUGGACUGUCGGGCUCGUGACUAUUGGUUGGGGUUCUACAAGGAUUUUGCAGAGAGACGAGAGGUAUGA